CUCAGCAGGGUUGAAGUACCACGUUGCUUCGCCGUCGUUUUUCAGGGCACAACUGACUGUGAAGCUCUAUCGCGGCCUCUAUUUGGACAUGUAUGCUGGCCAAGAUGUCAAUGUACUGAUUCAAGUGGCAGGAUGCACCCUGAACUGGGACGGAAGACACAACUUGAACUUGCUGUCGUUUCCAGCAAAGGUUGAUGACGAAGGCAUCAUGCGCUUUCAGGCUGACGAUAGCUUCUUUAGCCUUGGGGAGGACAAUGGCUGGGUUGAAAGAACCACACCAAAGGAAGAGAGGCUGGGAUUGCCGCGGACAGGUGCUGCCAACCAUGUAUGCGUGUACAUCGUGGUGAAAGGGGAGGAGGACAGGCCACCCAAAGCGUUUGGCCGCUUGCGCCUAUCAGUGGGGAUGGAGGAACGACCACCUCAGUGGUCACGAGUGACAUGUGAUCAAUCGGUCGUGCAGCUGCCUCCACAAGACAAACUUUUCAAGGAUGACUUGGCAGGUACACGUUUGCAGAUUGCUUUUUGCGUUUUGUCAAACACCUUGAACUUUUCACUUUGCAUGACUGUAUCACUAAACCGAACAUUUAUGCAUAUAUAAGAUAUAAGAAUGCCUGCGUCGCUCCGGAAUAUGCAGAUUGAAUUCUGA